UGCCUAGCCAGCUUGCGUCACCGCCUCAGAGCGGAGAAGAGCGAGCUGGGGAGAGCAAGACCAGUUUGAAGGGGAGGACCGGUGCGAGUGAGGCAGACCCCGAGGCUCUGCUUGCCCACCGCCCAAUCCUCGCCCCUCUUCUGCUCCACCUUCUCUCUCUGCGCUCACUUCUUCCCCGAACCCCCUUAUUCAGCCAAAGGAAGGAGAUCGGGGGAACCCUUUCCCUUCCCCUUCCAAAAAACAAAAAACACAUUUCCAGUCCGCAGAAAGUAGGGGAGAGAAGGGUCGCCGGGCUGGCCAUGGAGCUACUGUGCUGCGAGGUGGACCCGAUCCGCAGGGCCGUGCGGGACCGCAACCUGCUACAGGACGACCGCGUCCUGCAGAACCUGCUCACCAUCGAGGAGCGCUACCUUCCGCAAUGCUCCUACUUCAAGUGCGUGCAAAAAGACAUCCAGCCCUACAUGCGCAGGAUGGUGGCCACCUGGAUGCUGGAGGUCUGUGAGGAACAGAAGUGCGAAGAAGAGGUCUUCCCUCUGGCCAUGAAUUACCUGGACCGUUUCUUGGCUGGGGUCCCGACUCCAAAGUCCCAUCUGCAACUCCUGGGUGCUGUCUGCAUGUUCCUGGCCUCCAAGCUCAAAGAGACCAGCCCGCUGACUGCGGAGAAGCUGUGCAUUUACACUGACAACUCCAUCAAGCCUCAGGAGCUGCUGGAGUGGGAGCUGGUGGUGCUGGGAAAGUUGAAGUGGAACCUGGCAGCUGUCACUCCUCACGACUUCAUUGAGCACAUCUUGCGCAAGCUGCCUCAGCAGCGUGAGAAGCUGUCUCUGAUCCGAAAGCAUGCCCAGACCUUCAUCGCUCUGUGUGCCACCGACUUUAAGUUCGCCAUGUACCCGCCAUCGAUGAUCGCAACUGGAAGUGUGGGAGCAGCCAUCUGUGGCCUCCAGCAGGAUGAGGAAGUGAGCUCGCUCACUUGCGAUGCCCUGACUGAGCUGCUGGCUAAGAUCACCAACACAGACGUGGAUUGUCUCAAAGCCUGCCAGGAGCAGAUUGAGGCAGUGCUCCUCAAUAGCCUGCAGCAGUACCGUCAGGACCAGCGCGACGGAUCCAAGUCGGAAGAUGAACUGGACCAAGCCAGCACCCCUACAGACGUCCGGGAUAUCGACCUGUGAGGAUGCCAGUCGGGCCGCAAGAGAGGCGCACUCAUAAUCUGCUCUCUCCUUCUUUCUGGUUAUGUUUUGUUCUUUGUGUUUUAGGGUGAAACUUAAAAAAAAAAAAUCUGCCCCCACCUAGAUCAUAUUUAAAGAUCUUUUAGAAGUGAGAGAAAAAGGUCCUAUAAAAGCCGAAUAAUAAAAAGCAUUUGGUGCCUAUUUGAAGUACAGCAUAAGGGAAUCCCUUGUAUAUGCGAACAGUUAUUGUUUGAUUAUGUAAAAGUAAUAGUAAAAUGCUUACAGGAAAACCUGCAGAGUAGUUAGAGAAUAUGUAUGCCUGCAAUAUGGGAACAAAUUAGAGGAGACUUUUUUUUUUCAUGUUAUGAAUAGCACAUACACCCCCUUGUAGUAUAAUUUCAAGGAACUGUGUACGCCAUUUAUGGCAUGAUUAGAUUGCAAAGCAAUGAACUCAAGAAGGAAUUGAGAUAAGGAGGGACAUGAUGGGGAGGGAGUACAAAACAAUCUCUCAACAUGAUUGAACCAUUUGGAAUGGUUUUGCUCUCAGCCACCUGUUACUAAGUCAGGAGCAUGGUUGGAUCUCUGCAUUACGUUCUCUCGCUGUCUACAGUAGCUGCUACCUAAAAAAGAUGUUUGAUUUUGCCAGUUGGACACAGGUGACAGGCUCCUGGGUUUCAUGUUCUGUGACAUCCUGCUGCUUCUUCCAAAUGCAGUUCAUUGCAGACACCACCGUAUUGCUAUCUAACGGGGAAAUGUAGCUAUGGACCAUAACCAAAACUCACAUGAAACGGAGGCAGAUGGAGACCAAGGGUGGGAACCAGAAUGGAAUCUUUUCUGUUAUUCUAUUUAAAAGGGUAAGAUGGCCUUGGCAUUUCUUCUUAGAAAACAAAACUAAUUUUUGGUGCUGAUUGGCAUGUCUGGUUCACAGUUUAGCAUUGUUAUAAACCAUUCCAUUCGAAAAGCACUUUGAAAAAUUGUUCCCAAGCGAUAGAUGGGAUGGUUUAUGCAAGUCAAGCUGAGUGCUCCUCUUCUCUUCCUGCCCCCAGUCUGGGUUACUCUUCGCUUCUAUUAUCGGACGUUCUUUGGUACACAGUUCUGGUGUUCCUACCAGGACUCUUGAGACACCACCCCCUUUCUGCUGACAUUCCCAUCACAACAUUCCUCAGAAAAGCCUGUAAACUGCCAUUCUCAUGGCGCAGAAGGAUCUUAAUUCCCAUCUCUGUACUUCUCCUUUGGACAUGGAAAGAAAAGUUAUUGCUGGUGCAAAGAUAGAUGGCUGAACAUCAGGGUGUGGCAUUUUGUUCCCUUUUCUGUUCUUUUUCUUUUUGUUUGUCAUUGUUAAUUUUAUUGCAAAGUUGUAUUCAGCGUACUUGAAUUUUUUUUUCCUCUCCACUUCUUAGAGGCAUUCAGUUAGCAAAGAGGUUGGAGCAACAACUUUUUUUUUUUUUUUUUGCACAAUUGUAAUUGAUAGGUAAUGAAGCUAUUUGUUAAAAUAUUUGCCUUUUCAAGUAAAAAACAAAAAUCAGAACAGGGCUACUUUGAAGAAUUACUUUAUACACAGAUUCUGCCUUGUUUCACAGUAUGAGGGUUGAAGAUGGGAAAAAAUCUAAGGGUCUCUUAUUUUUUCAUUUUGUUUUGUUCAGUUUUUUUUUUUUUUUUGCGCUGCUAAGAAGCUAAAAUCAUCCAUCCUUAUUCACAUUGACAGUACCUAGCUGUAAUGUUUCACAGAGUGUGCUGCUAUUUUAUAAACAUUUUUAUAAUAUAUUAUUUUACUGCUUAAAUUCCAGGUCCUGAAGUAGAUGGUUCAGAUAGGAGUUCUUUGUACUGGAAAAGCCCUUCCGUAGUUUGCUUUCUUCUCGUAGCCUAUUCAUGGUUUUUUUUUUUUUUUCUUUUUGGUUUUUUGGUUUUUUUUUUUUUUCCUCUGAUCACAUUGUUCAAAGACGGAGUAUUCUUUACCUCAGGUUUACUGGACGAAAUCAAUAACUACAAGACAAUGAUUCACUUUUGUUUUCAUUAUACCUCACAACCGUACAGUUUCUGCCUGGGAGCCCACUCAUGUGAGGGAUACAGAAGAGUGUGAGCAGGGCCGAACUCCCGCUCAGGUGGAAGGCAGGGCGGUCUCACUCCCAGGGACCUUUUUGGUCAUGGAGGCCAUUGGGCUCCCAGUUUGAUCCCGGUAUCCUCAUCAUGAUGGAAAAAAUACGUUGAACCAAGGGAUCCUCCCUCCCCUGCAAGGCAGACGUUCAGUACAAACAUCGUGAUUUGCACUUAGGUACCAGGUAUCAGGAAACAGACUAAAAAGAAUUCCAGCAGGCUGUAUGGAGAGCCUCAUCUUGCAGCUUUUUCAAAAGCGGGGCUUCAUCUGCAAAGGACCCUUUCAUCUUGAAGUUUUUUCCUCCGUCUUUCCCCUUCCCUGGCAUGGACACCUUGAGUUUAGGAUCAUCUCUGCAGAUUUCCUAGGUCUGAAUCUGUGAGUAGAUGAAUCUGCAGCAAGCCACAUGUGUGGUGCUUCCUUCUCCCUCCUCUGUCUCAAACUGUGCAGGCAAGCACUAUGCAAGCCCAGGUCCUCUGCUAAGCGGUACUAAAUGGUUUUCGGGUUUUCAAUCACACUGAAGUGGCAGGACAAUAAAAAUAGGUCAGAUAAAUAUGGGAUGGUAGUUGAAGGGAGGUGAAGAGGCUGCUUCUCUGUGAGGUGAAAUUCCAGAUGAGUCAGUCUCCAGGGAAGUGUGUUUAGAAAUGUUCAGGACUUUGUAGUUAGCAUGACCCUAAAAUUCUAGGGGAUUUCUGGUGGGACAGUGGGUGGUGAAUUCUGAAGUUUUGGAGAAGAAGGUGGAGCAGCCAGCAAGUUAGCCAGAGUUUUCUCAAGAGCCAGCUUUGCUCAGCACACUCUCCUGGGCCCCAAGACGUCCCACAGAAUGGGGAAAGUGGGAACUCUGGAGUUCUUGGGAAUCUUUGAGCCUAAAGAGGAAACGAGGUGCAAAUUCAUUUCAUGGCGACUGACCCUUGAGCUUAAACAGAAGCAGCAAAUGAAAGAACCCGACAUAUAAGGAAGGGCACAGGCCUCUCCGACUCUAUUUACAAUCUGUAACUUUCCACUCUUCCUGUCGCCCUGAGGCCCCUGAGUCCUAGCUUUUCUCGUUCCCAUCCUUGGGGCCUUGGUGGUGAUGGGUAUGGGGCUGUUGAUGGGAAGGUGCCGGGUUGUUGGGCUUUUUGCCUGCUCCCUGCUUAAACAAAAGAACGAAUCCCGAAUAUGUCCAAAAUCCAGAAUCUUGGAUUUUGCCCUCUUUUUGGAUCUCGGUCUCCUUGGUAGGAGUUUGUUCCAGAGGGGUUCUCCCUGUGGAUUUGAACUCGUUCUUUUUUUGUUGUUGUUCUUUCUCUUUUUCUCACCUUCCACUAAAGGGGUUCCAAAUUUACCUGGUCUUUUUCUACCUUACUGUCUUUGUAUCUCGUCUUUACUUCCACCUGUUUGUUUUCUCUCCAUCAGUGGGGGCUGAGUCAUUCCCCCGGCCUGCCAAAUUGUAAUCCUUCCCCUCUUUUGGCCAGAUCCUAGGGGGAAGAAAUCCUAGUAUGCCAAAAAUAUAUGCUAAGCAUAAUUAAACUCCAUGCGGGUCCAUAAUAGCCAAGAAGCCUGCAGGAGAAAGCCGAGGGCAGUUCCCUCUGGAGAACACCCCAUGCGUGCUGAGAGGCAAGCUCCUUCAAGAAGGAGCUGCUCUUCCAGGAGGCUUUGUUUUGAACUGCCCCAGGACCCCACUGGAGAGCACAGCAUGCCUUACCCCUGGGUUACCCUUGGUCUGUGUGCUCUGUACUGGAGGCUCUGUUCUGCCUCUUACAAGCCAGGUCAGGGGCACACAUGGCUUACGUGACAAAGCCAGAGAGGAGAAGACAACCCUGACAGCGUCACACUGCAUCCCUUUCCUAGCAGGAUGGAGCUGCCGCUUUCCUGCUGUCUAGCACCUCUAGGGCCUCUCCGGACUGUGCCCAGGGAGCUCUGGGACUGAAAGGUUAAGAACAUUAGGCAAGAUCAGAUGACUUUCUCAAAGAGGGCAGGGGAAUUUUCUCUCCAUGGGCCACAGGGGACAGGGCUGGGAGAAGAAAUAGACUUGCACCUUAUGUCAUGUAAAUAAUUGAUUUUCUAGUUCAAGAAGAUAAUAUUGGUAGUGUGGGAAUUGGAGGUAGGAAGGGGAGGAAGUCUGAGUAAGCCAGUCGGCUUGUAAGCCCAAAGGAUUCCUCUUUAUCUCUGAGACAGUCCAACCUUGAGAAAAGCUUUAAAAGGGAAAUUAAUGCUGAGACGAUAAAGUCCCCUUAAGCCAACAAACCCUCUGUAGCUAUAGAAUGAGUGCAGUCUUCUGUUGGUGUGGACUCAGAGCGAUUUACAAGAGCUGUUCAUGCAGCCAUCCAUUUGUGCAAAAUAGGGUAAGAAGAUUCCAGAGGAUGUUUAUUGCUUCCUCAUACCACAUGGCUUUUGAUGAUUCUGGAUGAAAUGACCCAGAAUGGUCAUUUCAGGCACAACGAUACUACAUUCGUGUGUCUCUGCUUUUAAACUUGGCUGGGCUUUCAGACCCUAUUCUUGGCUCAGGUUUUAAGAAGCCAUCAGCAAAUGGGUACGUGCUCGCUGGAGCUGCAGCCUUCAUUCCUUUGCCUGCAGCCUACUCUGGGGAAAUAAAGUGCCUUACUGACUGUAGCCAUUACAGUAUCCAAUGUCUUUUGACAGGUGCCUGUCCUUGAAACACAAAGUUUCUGUUUUUAUUUUUAAUUGGUUUAGUUCUUACUGCUGGCCAACUCUUACGUCCCCAGCGAAUCACUGGGCCAUUGGAUUUUUUCCAUUAUGUUCAUUACCCUUAUACCAUGUACCUCAGCUCUCUCUCUUCUCUCUCUCAGUUAUGGUUUCUCGUCUUGGACUUUUUUCUUUUCUUUUCUUUUCCUUUUUUUUUUUUUUUUUGCUUUAAAACGAGUGUGAUGCCAUAUCAAGUCAAUGUUAUUCUCUCACAAUGUACUCUAUAAGAGGUGUGGGUGUGUAUUUGGUCAGGACGUUAGAAAGUGCUGAAGUAGCAUGAUCAGUGUAUGCAGAAAGGUUUUUAGGAAGUAUGGCAAAAUGUUGUAUUGGCUGUGAUGGUGACAUGAUAGAGUCAGCUGCAUUUUAAGACGUCUUAUCUGUUCAGUAUUAAGUGAUUUAAAAAAAUAAUAACCUGUUUUCUGACUAGUUUAAAGAUGGAUUUGAAAAUGGUUUUGAAUGCAAUUAGGUUAUGCUAUUUGGACAAUAAACUCACCUUGACCUAAA